UGUGGCGCUCAUCUCGCUUUACUGGCCGAGGGAGCCGGCGUACAGCUUCUGGGUCAUGUGGCCAGCAUGACUGAGCCGCUUCUGGCGAACCAGAGCAGCGCACGGAAACGCCGUUUACCUUCCCGCUGGAGUGGUACCUAUUUAUCUACUUGCACUUUGACGUGCUUUCGAACUGCUAGGUGGGCAGGAGCAGGGACCGAGCAACGGGAGCUCACCCCGUUGCAGGGAUUCGAAAUGCCGACCUUCUGAUCGGCAAGUCCUAGGCUCUAUGGUUUGACCCACAGCGCCACCCGCGUCCCCUGCUCCAGUGCCCUAAGGGUAAAGGGGCCCCUGACCAUUAGGUCCAGUCGUGGCCAACUCUGGGAUUGUGGCGUUCAUCUCGCUUUAUUGGCCGAGGGAGCCGGCGUACAGCUUCCAGGUCAUGUGGCCAGCAUGACUAAGCUGCUUCCGGCGAACCAGAGCAGCGCAUGGAAACGCCGUUUACCUUCCCGCCAGAGGGGUACCUAUUUAUCUACUUGCACUUUGACGUGCUUUCGAACUGCUAGGUUGCCCAGCAAAAACAGCAACAUCUUCCAUGGCAGGGGAAGGGAGAGGCUUGGCGCCUAGCUGGUAGAGGGGGUUACAGGUUUCGGGGGCGGCCAGUGGCAACGAGAUCACUUGCCUGAUCAACGCCACUUAUGCCAGAGUUCUGGAAUCGAACGCUUAUCUCUAGACUGUCAUUCCGGACACGCAAAUAAAUCCUCCUCUGUUCUUAUUAAGCUGCUGUUUUGAUGGCAUUACGGAGCAGCCGAGAAUUGCAAGAUCCUGAUUUGAGUGCAAAAUCCUGAUUGAUUUAUUUUUGAUGGAAAGAGAGAGAUCUACAGUGCUUGCUACUCUCCGGUAUUGCAUCUGGACUAGAUGAGCUGUGCAGGGAAUAGCACAGUUUACACGCAAAUCGGUCUCUUAAGCUUAAGGCAAGAAAUAGUAUUCUCUAUGAAGUUGAAUAUCAAUAUACGUAUCAAGGCUUUGAGAUUAGACCACUGAAUUAGCCCAGAAAACUAGCUUGGGAGUGGGCUACCUGCAGGCCCCAGUAAAAGGGCCCAUCAGGGGCGAACAGUGGCCUCUUGAUUAAUUGGACUGCCAGGGAGAAACUGGUGCAAAACGCUGGCACCCUGUCUCUACAACUUCAUCAACAUCCAUCUACAACUCCACUAGCAUCUCUCGGUAUUGCGAACAACACCGAACUUAACCUUUUCUUGGUAUCUUCAUGAACUUACCUAAAAAGAUAAAGAAAACAAAAGACUGAUUCGAGCACUUGGAAAAAUCCAUUGAAAUCAGACAUUGUAAGUUCCUCUUAGGUUGGGUAGUUCGCAAGUCUCUGUGGCUUUGCGUAAGUUUCUGUAUUUUUCUCAGAAGAUUGAUAAAGAAUGCAUAAUCGUUUUGGUAAUUAUUGUGUGUCUAUUAGUCGCCAACGUGUUGCAUGAGUCGUAAUAUUUCUUUCACGGCCGCAAACUGCAAGGAAUAUGAGGCUAGUCCAGGUGUUUAAGUGCUGAAAUCAACUCGCUUUGAAUUUUCAGGUAUCGACAGGAACAUUAUUGGGCAAAUAUGACCCCGCAGUGACCGAGGAUCGAAGAACUUCCCUUAUAUUCCCAGAAAAAUAUCUUUAAACGAACCAUAAGAUCUCGUUCCACAAUGUUGAAGAGUUCUGAUGAUGCCUCCCUCUUUCUUUGCGCCCGCCACCUGCCCGCCUGAUAAGACUUGGCUCCAGAAUGAACAUAGUGUCCGUGUUUAAUGCCUUGCUAGUGUGUGUCCUUGCAGCUGUGCUGUGGAACUAUGUCAAGCUGCAAGACCACGUCUCCGUCUUGGAAGAGGAGUUGCUCCUCACUCGCCAGACACAGGAGCUCUCUCAGGUCCGCAUUGACUACCAAGCUGCUCUUCAAGACCUGCUGCAAGAUGGCACCAGGAUGGUGUGCGCCGGCAAGAUCCACACGGAUCGGAUCUGCCGCUUUGAAUCCCUCUGCUAUUCCACGGAGGCUGAGGAAUUCAUCUUCUUCCACAGCAACUCCUCCAUCAUGCUCCCCAACUUGGGCCCCAGGAGAUUCCAGCCUGCCCUACUUGAUCUUUCUUCAGUGGAAGACCACAACACACAGUACUUCAACUUCGUGGAACUGCCAGCCGCGGCCCUUAAAUUUAUGCCAAAGCCAGUGUUUGUCCCCGACGUGGCCCUGAUCCUCAACCGAUUCAACCCGGACAACCUGAUGCAUGUUUUUCACGAUGAUCUCCUCCCGAUCUUCUACACCAUGCAGCAGUUUCCAGAUUUGGACCAGGAGGCCAGGUUGUUUUUCAUGGAAGGCUUUAGCGAAGGCCCGCAUGUUGAGCUUUACAAACUGCUGAGCAGCAAGCAGCCGCUGUUAAGAGAGCAGCUUAAGACUCUGGGCCGUCUCCUCUGCUUCACCAAGUCGUACGUGGGACUGUCCAAAAUCACCACGUGGUACCAGUACGGGUUUGUCCAGCCGCAGGGGCCGAAAGCCAACAUCCUGGUCUCCGGAAACGAGAUCCGCCAGUUCACCAAAUUCAUGACCGAGAAGUUGAACGUGAGCUUGGAAGGGACACCCAGCGAAGAAUAUAUUGUGGUAUUCAGCCGAACCAUAAACAGGUUAAUCCUCAAUGAGGCGGAACUCAUUCUGGCGCUCGCCCAGGAAUUUCAGAUGAAAACCAUUACCGUUUCCAUCGAAGACCACGCAUUCUCGGAUAUCGUGCGCCUGAUCAGCAACGCCUCCAUGUUAGUCAGUAUGCACGGAGCGCAGCUCACAAUGUCCCUCUUCCUUCCCAGGGGAGCCACUGUGGUGGAGCUUUUCCCGUAUGCCAUAAACCCUGAGCAUUACACACCUUACAAAACGUUGUGUGCCCUUCCUGGCAUGGACCUCCAGUACGUCGCCUGGCAGAACACUGAGAAGGAGAACACGGUUGCUUACCCAGACAGGCCCUGGGAUCAAGGAGGGAUCGCCCACUUAGACAAGGCGGAGCAGGACCGUAUCUUGCAGAGCAGCGAGGUUCCCCGGCACCUCUGUUGCCGGAACCCGGAGUGGCUUUUCCGCAUCUACCAGGACACGGAAGUCAACAUUGCUUCCCUGAUCCAGGUGGUCAGGCAGACUGUGAAGAUGAAACCUGGGCCUAAGAGGCAGGCGUGGACCAGCGGUCUCUACCCGGGCAAAGUCAGAGGUGCCAAGUGCCAGACCUCCGUCCAGGGUGCCAGCGAAGCCAAACUCUCUGUGUCCUGGCAAAUCCCUUGGAACCUGAAGUACCUGAAGGUCAGGGAAGUGAAAUACGAAGUGUGGAUACAGGAGCAAGGGGAAAACACGUACGUGCCUUACACCUUGCCCCAUCAGAACCACACCUUUUCGGACAACAUCAAGCCCUUCACAAACUACCUAGUGUGGAUCCGCUGCAUUUUCAACAAGAAUCUCCUCGGGCCCUUUGCAGACGUGCUGUUGUGCAGUACGUAAUCGCCAUCCAGUUGCUUUUGAGGGGGGGAGUUGAUUCCAGCAAGGGGCUUUGAAAUAAGGCAGAGUGGUCCCCAUUGUCCUGUAGUUUUUCAAGAAGCAGGCCAGGACUUAUAGACCACGCUAGUGCCUCUGUGUCCAUUUUAUUGCGUCCAUUAUCGUGCCCGUCUCUGUGGCAUUAUUUCCUGUCGGUGUUUGAGUUCUCUUGGUCCUUGAAAAACACCUACACAAACUAAACUGGAAUGGAAGGUAGAUGUUGUACCUUGACACAAUAACCAGAACAUCUCUCUCUCUUUUGUGUAGUGAAUAUUUUAAGCCCAGAUUUAUGAUGUAAUUUAAGUGUCCCUCUGAAUGGGCAAUCUCUUUUGCGUUCUCCACUGUUCAGAUUUAUGUUUUAUGCUCCCCUCCCCAAAUAUCUGUCUCCCAGAGCAACAUAUCUGGUACCAGUCCGUCAUUAAAUUGUUGAAAACCUGUCUAUAAA